AUGACGAGGAACCUUGCGAAACCCACCAUCACGUCGCCCGGGUUUCUGGUCUGCCGCUACAACAAGGACGGCGACGACGAGGAGAAGGACAACCGCGGCCGCUCCGGAUACAACAAGGACGGCGAUGACGAUGACGAGGGCCAGAACAAGGGCCGCUCCGGCUACAACAAGGAUGGCGACGACGAGGAGGACAAAUAA